AACUCACGAUGACCAGAUCGGUUCAGUCGGAUUUGUUUUUGAUGGAAAAAAUAAAUCUGGAUCAAAUGAGAUCAAUAUUGUCAAAAUCGGAGAAAAUUUAUCGCAGAUAUAACCAUUACAUAGUUUACCUGCUUUAUUUUAUUGUCUGCUGUUUCAUAUUAUGAAGUAAAAAAUAAAGGCAUUGCAAUAUCUAGAAAUUUCAUCAGACUCUUCCGUAUUUUUUAUUUUAUUCAUUGCUAUAAUUUGAGUUUUGGGUAAAUAUAGCAUCAUAGCUAUUGAUAUGUUUAUCUUUGUAUUAAUUUCCUUCUUUCAAUAUCCCAGUCCCGUUACGGUGCCAAAUUCCUAUCACUUUUCUACGAUUCCCAAUUCUUAUAGGUUAAGUAUAAUUUUAGCUUCAAAAAGUGAUACAUCUGCAAAUGAGUUUUUUUUUAUCUCAAAAUUGAGUAAACUUAGUUGAAUUUAUAUGUCAUUUUAACAGUACUGCUAUUCUAACCUCUAAUUAUAACGUCAAAAAGUACCGAACAGACUAUGUAUUACGAAGUAAUGAAUGUUAGUGAGAGUGGAGAUAGCAAAUAUGGUACCUACUAAAUAAUUCUAAUCAAUAAAAAUGUCAACUAUACAGACAAUUCUGCUCAAUUGGUGAUUGCAUUUGUCUAUUAUAACUUUUUCCUUUCGAUCUAUUAUUAUUCGAUCAUAUAUUGUUUGACAUUAUGUCAUAAAUAUCUUUUUUCAUUACUAAAAAUAAUCCUAAACAGAAUAAAACUAAACAGCAUCUGCAGAAGUAAUCAUAUCGGCAUAUGAUAUAAUUACCUUUUACCUUCGCUCACGUAGGUACGUGUAUAAUCGCCGUUCUCACAACGCGAACAAAACAAAAAAUAAAAUAAAAAUCAUCUCCGUCCGGAAAGAAUCUUUGUCGCCGCCAAAAUACACCCCAUGACGAAGCUCAAUCAUAAAUAGUCGACUACCUAGAACUUUUUCAUCGUUCUCUUUACUCCUUGGAAAUAGCCGACGACGGGCCAUGCCACCACUGUUAUUAGUGUUUCAGUGCGCAUGUCUGCGCACCGCGAUAGCGCUGUUGGUAAGAGAGAGAGGUUCAUUGUUUGAUCUUGCAUUCAAAUCUCUGUCUAUUUUUGUCCUGCGACUGGCAAACAUGAAAUGGGGAAAUGGGGAAACUGGCAAUACGUAGAACCAGUAAAGCUUCUAUCGUCCCUCACUGCAAGUGCUGUGAUAGCCUCAUUGGUAAAGGCGACUGAAAAUUUACGAUAGCAGGAUUGUGGAGGUUCAAAUCCCGUCCAUGUUUGUAAGUUUUAUAAUGAAAUCGAAUUUUUUUUAUGUGAUCUAUUAUUUUCUAAAAAUAGAAUAACACACUUAAAAUCAUUACCCAAAAAUGAGUAAAAAAAGUUAGUUUUUACCCUAAUUUUGCUUUCGGAAUGUUAUCAAUAACUCUUUAAUAUCAAAAUUUGUUAUUGAAAUAUUUCCCAAAUUCACUGUUAUUAAGUUGUUAUUGCCACUAACAAAACAUGUUAUUAAAUUGAUUUUUCAGGAACAAAUUUUUGUUAUGUGACUUGUUAUUUUGCCGCUUAUGACAGACAAGUUUAUAACUCAAUAUGUUAUGUUAAUAACAUGAAAAUUACUAAUUCCAUUAUGCAGUUAUUUUGCCAAAAUAACGCAUUUUGUUAUGCUGUUGUUAUUCUCUUCUGCUCGGGUAUUAUUGAAAUUUCUUUUUGAAGGUUGCGAGAAGCUCCCUCAGUUGCAUUAGACCUUUUUGUGCCUAAUUUCCACAUAAAACCUAGUGAUCGACCAGCAAUUCUUCCAGAAAUUGCACCUGUGAUUCCACUAGAAAUUAUUUUUGGAGUUUUUGCGAAAACGAGCGUGAUUGCGUUACAAAUUUUUCUAAAAAAUUCAAGAAGAUUUCUAUUUUAUAUUCUUUUUGAACUCUCCUCUUUGUCAUGAAUUUUGAUUACAUCUGUGCAGUCCUAUGCACGAGCACACUUCCAAAAGAGGGGUUUUGCUUUAUUUCUAUCACCGUUUUCACACCAGAUUUCAAAUCUGGUUUAUUAUCUUCAAUGAAUUAUAGUGUUAACCCAUAUUUCUUGCUAUUGUAGUUGUCCUAGAUUCAACUUCACUUACAACUUCAAUCCUUGUUUGUAAUGAAGAUUCAUAUUUAUUCUCCAUUAUUUUCCUUCUUUAUGAGCAAACCCUUAUCCUCCACAACACUGUGGCCCCAGGUCCCACACUUGUAAAUCCGGCCCUGCAUGUAUGCGACCCAAGUGAUGAGAGCAACCCAUAUAAUGCGUAGGUAUUCAGUACAGCCAUGUUCACGGGCUUGAUUUCCAAUCGGCCUAGGAUCUUUUUGUAAUAUAGAAAUAUUUUUGAUUUUCUUGAACAUAAUAUGUCGUCAUGUGUGCCAUACGAUAUACACAUGUAAAAAGGUCAAUUGGCAAAUAUUGAUUUUUUUGUAAUAACUGUUGAAGUACAAUGAUACAUGUUGCCCUUUACUGGUAUUUACCAGAUUUGCUGGAAUAUCAGAAACAUACUGAAAAAACUUGCACAGAAUGUUGCUAAUUGACAAAUUGAGAGAUGAAAUUUGUGAAAAUGUGCUCAUGGAAGAUGAGAAGCUUACUCUAUCUCAUCGGAACGUACCGUCAUGAGUCAUGAGCAGAAAUUAUAAAUGAUUAGGACAAUAAUGUUUUAUUGCGAUAAUCGUGAAUAAAUUAUGCAUUUAUUUAACAAGCAUUGCACAACAGUCCCAACGCCGUAUGGCAAAAAUAUGAUAAACAUAUUUACACAAUAGUGUUUCCAACCGCAUUGAGCAGCAGUACCGUAUAACUAUCAAGAUUGAUAGAACUCUAUGAGUAUUAUCAGUCGUGAACCUGUAAUAAUUCCAUUCAGUAUACAUACUGGUCCCCGUGGCUAUUUGUGUAAACUGACAGCUGAUGUUUCACACUGAUAGCGCUGAUCCGCAUCAGCUUGAUCAGUCGUUUUCUGAGACCAACGAUCGUCGUGCAGAAUCAAGUGAAACUGCUCUUAAAAUGGCUUCUUUCUUCAAGCGACUCCUAACAUUAAUUGCAGCUGGCUUCAUCCUGGUGGAAGCUGUUGAGUACAGUUGCACAGACUACCACAAAGGGUAUUGCGUUGUUGAAAACGUAACGGCCGAGUCGAUGCCGCAAGCUACGUUUCCAUCGGACAAACUGCUGCUGAUUCAGAACAGUACAUUUACCACCUUCGGAGAGGAGCAAUUCCGAUGUCUACCGGACGUAGAAAACCUUAUGAUUCAUCAUUUGAAAAUCGAACAGUUGGAGCUGAACGGUUGCGAUCGCCUUUCCAUGCUGUUCGCCAGCUAUAACCAUAUCUCUAACGUGACUGCCGUUGAAGCAUUGCCCCUUCGUAGUCUACAUCUCUACCAAAACCUGUUGACGGAUGUGAGUCCGUUGAAAGUGUUAACCGAGCUGGAACAGCUCUACCUGAACGACAACUUGCUCGAAGUGCUGACGAUGGACGUAUUUGCCAACAUGAAGAAUCUCAAGAUCUUGACGUUGCACCGGAACAAGCUAACCGCGAUCGAUACCGUCAAAUCGAUCGGUCUGCCCAGUUUGGAGUCGCUGUUUCUUCAGCAUAACGCGCUAAGCUAUCUGGAUACGUCCUUGUGGCGCAUGCCGGCCCUGCAAAAGUUGGACCUCAGCGAUAACAAUCUGGGCUUUUUGUUCACCUUCCUGGAGGAGUUCCCCUCGUUGGCGGAGUUGGAAUUACACACCAACCAGUGGAACUGUGCGUGGUUGCACAAGAUGGUAGAUCGAAUGGAGCAGCGUGCCAUCGGACACGGUCAAAUCGAUCGGACUUGCGAUGGAACGUUGUUCGGUGGGGUCUGUUGUAAGGCGGAAGCCAGUGAACCGGAUCCCAUGAUGUUGCUCAUCAGUAGAACCGGCAUUGUUGACGAUCUGCAAGAUCGGCUGGAAGGCCAACGGGAGAAGGUGGAACAACUGGAGGAAGCACAUCGAAAGCAAAGCUUUAGGUACGACGAGAUGAAGCGGAAAAUCGACAAGCUGGAGGAAUGGUGCAGCAACAAGGAGUUGUGAUUUGAGCGGACGAAUCGUGUUGUUUCCUUUACGAAUUGCUUCUGAAAUUCCUCAAGGGGUUCCUUCGGAUAUUUAGAGAUUCGAAACAAGCAAUUGUUAGAGCGUGUUUACUGGUGAUGCUGUAUUUGCCGAACGAUCUUUCUGUACGAGUAGUGUAGUGUACCGCAAUCUGCUCGGUCGCCUUUUGUCGCAAUUCUGCGGUGGUAAAUAAAAGUAAGUGAAUUCAGCA